UCCUUGGCUUUCUUUGGUGUUCCUGUCCUGACUCCAUGCCUUCUCAACUGUGUCUACAGUGUUUCUGAAGUGAAGCACUGGAUCUGCAAACUGACUGGCCUCCUUUGCACUUAUGUGGCAUGGGCUUUUGGCCUAAGCUUAGCAAAGAGCAGAUCCUGGCGAAUGUGGGAAUUUGACAGCAAUAUUGUCCAAUUUGUGUUCAUUGGACUCUGGGAAGCUUAUUAUUAUCAAAAAUUUAACAUCUCUGGUUCAGUGGUUGAAUUGCCAAUGCACAGCAGUAUCAAUGCAAGCUGGAUUAUUUCACCUGAACUUCAGUAUGGGCAGGACAUGAUACUGUUGGCUAAUUUUAUGAAGUCAGUAGUCCUAGUUUUCAGCACAGAGGCUACGUUGGUCAGCUGGAUUAAAGCCCCAUAUCCACAUUUCCUGCGAUCUUGUUACAACAUCUCUAUCUUCUUUCUUGUCCUCAGCAGUGUUUGUACAGUAGGUGCUGUGAGCUGGAACUAUGCUGUGGAGUUUUAUGGCCAAACUACCCUUGACUUUCCAAGUACUUUUCCUGUUGAAAAGGAGGCACUGAUAAAGAAACACUUCUCUCAUGUUUUCCCACUAGGGAUACUAACAGCUGCCUUCUCACUCUUUAGUGCAACCAUGUUUAUGUUUGAGACAUGUUCAUUGAAAAAGAGAAACAAAGUGGUGCCUGUGGCUGUGGCUAAAAGUCACCAAAAGAUCUGA